AUGCUAAAAAUUUCCUUCUCCGUCUCUGGGUGUGCGUUACGCUGUACAGCACAGGAUCAACAAAGCCAUGUCAAUGGACAGCAAAAGAAGAAGAUAAUUGUAGUUGGUUCCGGUUGGGCUGGCCUAGGCGCUGCCCACCACCUCUGCAAACAGGGCUUUGACGUCACAGUCCUUGAAGGUGGUUAUGGAAUUGAAUCCAAUAAAAUGUCGCUUAGUCCCGAUGAAAUCGGUAUCCGCGAGGCAGGUUUAUUUCUUCAGGUUGAAUUUCCAAUAUUCCAAGAUUUACCUCAGUUGCCUACUCUGUUUGGGACUCUCUUCUAUACUCAGUUUUUUCGAAUGUCCUUGGUGGAUCGGCUAACAUCACUUCCCCUAAUGGCUGCUGUAGUUGACUUUGACAACACUGAUACUGCCUGGAGAAAAUGGGAUCCAAUUAAAGAAAAGAUUUUUGAGCCAUGGAUGGAUUCCAUGAGAAACCAAGGUUGUAAAUUUCUGGAGGGUAGAAAAGUUACAGAAUUCUUAUUGAAUGAAGAAACAGGAUGCAUUUCAGAACUAGCUUGUGACAAAGAGAGUUUAAAAGCUGAUGCUGUAAUAUUAGCUGUUGGGAUAUCCUCAUUGCAGGAAAUUAUAGAGAACAGCACAGCAUUAUGUACACGGGAGGAGUUUCAAAAAGUUUUGAACACAUCUAGCAUCGAUCUACUCAGCACUAAGCUGUGGCUUGAUAGGAAGUAUCAUGCCAACGAGUUGUUACCACUAAAAGAUGAGCAAGUAGUGGCAAAAGUUCUCUCUCGCCUUUCAAAGUGCAUUAAGGACUUCGAUAAUGCCUCAGUGAUUGAUAAAGAGAUUGAAAGAUUUCCAAAAUCCUUGACUCAUUUCUUUCCAGGCUCAUACAAGUACAUGAUGCGUGGAUCAACAUCUUUCCCAAAUUUGUUCAUGGCUGGAGACUGGGUGAUAAAUCGACAUGGUUCAUGGUCACAGGAGAAAUCAUAUGUGGUGGGACUUGAGGCUGCAAAUAGGGUGGUGGACUAUCUGGGAGAAGGAACCUUUGCCAAAAUAAUACCGGUAGAGUAAGAUAAGCCUCACAUUCAAGCACUACGCAGCCUCAACAGGAACCUUAAUGAGAUAAGCGCCCAACUUCCAUGGUCUGAUUAUUUUCUCCAGUGAUCCCGUCUUUGAAUCACGUUUAUUUUUCCUUCCAUUUAUUUAAUUAUGCCCGUGAAGCAGUUGGUUUAGAGAAAAGUAGUCAAAAAGUGACACAUUACUCUGAAAUGGACAGAAAUUAAACUGAAUUCAAACUCAUCCUGCU